AAAAUCCAACUCCACCAACAGUAAUCCCCUGUCUUACGUCGUUCAGACUGGUACAGGCACAACCAAUGCAUGCGAAACAAGUAACGUCAGAAGCCAAUCGACACGUGCCAUCUCGCCCCCCGUCACGUGAUCUUCACGUUCAAACCCCCCAACCAAGAAUAGCUUCACAGAAACUCAAAAACAAUAAAAAAAAAAAAAAAAAAUGGAAACUUGGUGAAAUUUCUCACCUGAGAAUCUGUUCUUUUCUUCGCAAGAACACAUCCCCUCUAAAAAAAAAAUUAAAUUCAGAAACGUGCUGAAAAAGGGUUUCUUUAAUUUUGUUGAAAAUUGAAAAGAGAUGGGUGCAGACAAUGAGGCAGAGCUGGUUACUUUUCCGGUUUCAAGAAACGCUGGUAAUAAUAUCUCCAUGGAAAUUUCUUUAGCAGAAGCUUCUUCUCUGUUUCCCGGUUUCCGAUUUUCUCCGACCGACGAGGAAUUGAUUCAGUAUUAUCUGAAGAAGAAGCUUCUAGGGUUUGAUGAAGAAGUUGAAGUUAUUCCCGAGGUUGAUAUUUGUAGACACGAGCCUUGGGAUUUACCAGCUCAAGCUGUGAUCGAAUCGGACAACGAGUGGUUCUUCUUUUCUCCCCGGGGAAGGAAGUACCCGAACGGGUCCCAAAGUAAAAGGGCGACCGAAUUCGGUUACUGGAAAGCAACCGGGAAAGAGCGAGGUGUAAAAUCGGGCUCGAAUCUGAUCGGAACAAAGAGGACUCUAGUGUUCCAUACGGGCCGGGCCCCGAAAGGGCAAAGGACCGAAUGGAUAAUGCACGAGUAUUGUACGAGCGAAAAAUCCGAUGAUGCUAUGGUAGUGUGUCGCCUUCGGAAGAACAGGGACUUUCAUCUCAACGAUGACAAUGCAAGAAGGAACUCGCCUGGCGAUAGGGAUUUGGAUCUGGCGGAAGUAAAUUUAUCCAGUGGUGAACAAAUAGGUAUGCUCGAAGGGGCAAAGGAGUGCAGUAGCAGUUACAAUUCUCAUUCGGUGGAGCAAGUUGAUAAUGGUUCCGAAUCUGAUGAUAAAAUUACUAAAGGGUCCUCGGAAUCGAGCCACAAUAAGGGUUAUGACAAGGAAGAGGAUUGUUAUGCCGAUAUAAUGAAAGAUGACAUAAUAAAGUUAGACGAAGAUUCUUCGUUGAUCGAAAAUGCCGUACCCCUACGAGUGGUUACCUUAAAACAGAAAUCCGAAAUGAAGUCGAAUCAGCCAUCAACUGAAGCUUCAGUAUCUUCACAGGGGACAGCGAAUCGGCGACUCAGGCUAAGGAAUCAAAGGGUGGAAUCUUAUCAGCCAGAGAAUUUCGAAAUUCAUAAAUUUUCCGCAAAGGAUAUUCCGAUCGAAGAUUCCCUCGAUUUCGGUGCUCGGACAAGACGUGGAUCUUUGUCCUUAUUCGCGGUUCUUGUUGUGCUGAUUUUGCUGAUACUGAUUUUUUUCUUCACGAGAGAUUUCUGGUUAAAGAUUAUCCCCUAAAUAUUGAAGAACAGUUUCGAGAAAGGGAAACGAGUUUUGAACAUGUGUACGUUUGGCCCGUUUAUGCGUGCUUCAUCGGUAUGAUAACAUAUACAUUGAGCUUCAAAAGCAGAGUGAGUUUUAUUUAGUAUCACAAGAAAAGAAAAAAAAGAAAAACAGAAUGCAGAUAUAUUGUUCUCGUCUUCUUGCUAUAUAAUUGGUUUUAAUUAAUUAAUACGAGAUUAUUAUUUGGUACAGGUUUUUAAGGUUUACGAGGAAGAGGGUCAUGUCCGAAAAACCACAGUGUGCGUGUUUCGAAGAACUUCCGCAGCCGUAAGUUGAGGUUUUAGAUCGUAAAUUUUUAAUUAUUUGACAAUCUAUUAGUUGUUACCUACCAUCAAUUAAGUUUUGCUGCAAUAAAAUUAUGCUGUUUCAUUAUAACACGAAAAUUGCAUAGGCAUUCUGUUUUCGUGAGACGUUAGUAAAAUCGAGAAUCUUGAUGUAAGAGGAAAAUUGGGUAAGAUGUCGUUUUCCUAUAGUUUGGCAUGUGUCAU